CGUCGCGCACAAUUUUGAGGUUAAAACACGCGCGAGAGCUGGAAAACGCGACCCGCCGCGUGAAUUUUCUAUUAUUAUCUCGGCGACCGUGAAUUCAGCGUCUUAUAUAACCGUAUGUAGUAUUAGAAUACAGUUUUGUCAUUUAUUCGUGUCGCGAUGCGUCGCGUGGUGCGAAAAUGUUUGCUCCAGCAACGAUUGUUCUCCGUGGAGCCCCGCACGUCCACCAAAAUCCAACAAGAGAGCAAACACCGCACGCAGAGCAACUCCAUCAAAGAAGCUGAACGCGUGGUGGGGUAUUCCACGUCUUUCUUGAAUCUCCGAUGGUUACUCAAUGAUGAAAUCGCUAAUACAGCGAUGUAUAUGAAGAAACUUACAGGGACUGAACAUCCACUACUAAAAGUAGCAAAAGAUGUGUUGUUUAAGUCAACAACGCCAUCUUGGGGACUAAUUGUCCUGCUGAUAUCGAAAGCAAGUGGAUUAAAGAAAGAGUUUUCAGCGAUAGAUCAAGACAUCACAGCUGGAAUCCUCCACAGUCAAAGAGUUUUAGCUGAAGUUACCGAAAUGGUCCGUACGAGUUACCUGAUACAUAAUGGAGUUAUCACCGUGAAUAACAACAUGCUAAACGCGGACGUAUUGAAUUACGGUAAUAAAAUCGCUCUGCUAAGCGGUGAUUACUUGCUGAGUAAAAGUUUCAAUGAUUUAUCAAAUCUACGGAAUCAAACUGUCAAUGAAAUAAUCUCAUCCGCCAUUCGUGACUUCUCAGAGAGUUUGUUUCUCUCCUAUGGAGAUUAUGACUUUCCCGUUGCGCACAAACCAAAAUUCCUUAAAGAUAAAACUGAAUAUUGUAAAGAAUUUACAUCGGAUAAAGUGGAUUAUGGUCCGUAUAAAGUAGACGAGAUUCUAGGUUAUCCAAAAGAAGAGUGGGUAUUGCGGAAUGUAUUGGCAAGUGGGAAUUUAUUAGGCAAAUCAUGCAGAGCUGCAUUGUUGGUUGCCGGGCAUGAUGAGCAAGCGCAACAAAGCGCUUAUUUGUUUGGUAAGCAUCUGUCAUUAGCCUGGCAGGCGAAUAUAGACCUACAGGGUUUUAAGGAAGGUAAAGUUGAUUUUGUAAGCGCACCGGUCAUGUUAACACUGGAGGAAGAACCGGAAUUAUACGAAGUGUUUCAAAGAGCUGUGUAUGAUAAUAAUAUCGAUAGUAUAAUUCAUUUAGUAGAGAAAGGAAAUGGUUUAGAAAAAACUAAAUGUUUACAAGAUGAAUAUACACAAAGGGCAUUAGAUAAUCUCGAAUAUUUUGAGCGUAAUACCGCGACGGAAUCGUUAAAACACUUGAUUGAUGUGAUAUAAAAAUAAAUAUAUUUAUAAGACA